AUGGCGACCCUCAUCUUUGCAGGUCUUCUGCUGCAAGCCGCUACAGGAGCAGCGAGAGAAUGUCUACCCGAGUACAAGGCUGAGACGUCAUACGUUGGAUGCUACCACGAUCCGAAUUCGCCAAGAGAUCUUGCUGGCCCUCUGCUCACAGUUGGCAAUUUGAACAGUCCCCAGUACUGCGCCAACAUUUGCGGCGCUGCAGGAUACACGUACGCCGGUGUUGAGUACACAGUACAAUGCUUCUGCGGUUACCAGAUUGAGAGCACAUCCAUCAAGGCCGAUGAGUCUCAAUGCAAUGCCAAUUGCCCUGCUGACCCUAGCAAGAAGUGUGGUGAUGGAAACAUGAUCAACAUUUACAAAAUCAACAACCCGUCUUCCAACCCUCCUCUGGCACCAACCUUCCCCGACUGCACACGCGAUCCUCUAUGCAGCAAUGACAUCUGCGACACCUCCAAGAACAUCAAUGACCGCGCCAAAGCUCUAGUUAGCAAGCUGACGCUCGACGAAAAGGCUCAGAACCUCGGCAGCAGUGCUUCUGGCAGUGCAAAGCUUGGUCUCCCCGCGUACCAAUGGCAGAACGAAGCGCUCCACGGUCUCGCAGGCAGCACCGGUGUCAACUUCCAGUCACCCCUCGGCGCCAACUUUAGCGCCGCCACCAGCUUCCCCAUGCCCAUUCUCGUUUCUGCUGCAUUCGAUGAUGACUUGAUUCGCAAGAUUGCGACUGUUGUGAGCACAGAAGCUCGAGCCUUUGCCAACCACGGCUUUGCUGGUCUUGACUUUUGGACACCUAACAUCAAUGGCUUCCGUGACCCACGCUGGGGCCGUGGUCAGGAAACACCUGGUGAGGAUGCCUUCCGCAUCACCAGCUACGUUGUUAGCUUGGUAGACGGUCUCCAGGGUGGUAUUAACCCCGACUUCCACCGCACCAUUGCUACUUGCAAGCACUAUGCUGCCUACGACAUUGAUGAUGACCGCUUCCGAAACGACUUGCAUCCUGCCAAGCGCGAUAUGGCCGACUACUACCUCCCCAUGUUUGAGGCUUGUGUCAAGGAUGCCAAGGUUGGUUCCAUCAUGUGCGCAUACAACUCUGUUGACGGUGUGCCUGCUUGCGCCAACAGCUACCUGCUGCAAACCAUUCUCCGUGAUAGCUGGGGCUUCACCGAGCCUUACAACUAUGUCGUUUCCGACUGUGAUGCAGUCGAGAACGUCUUUGAUCCCCACCAUUACGCGAAGGAUAUCGUCGAGGCCGCUGGCAAGUCCGUCAAUGCUGGUACCGAUCUGGACUGCGGCAGCUCCUACAACAACCUCAACACUGCCGUACACAACGGCUACACAAACGAGACCACACUUGACAAGUCUCUUGUCCGUCUCUACUCUGCUCUGAUCAAGGUCGGCUACUUUAACCCUCCUGCCAAGUACAACUCGCUGCAGUGGUCGGAUGUCAACACUACCUCAUCGCAGCAGCUUGCUCGCAGCGCCGCCGCCGAUGGUAUGACGCUCCUCAAGAACGACGGCUCACUACCCCUGUCCAAGUCGCUCUCCAAGGUUGCCGUCAUUGGCCCCUGGGCGAAUGCUACAGAGCAGAUGCAGGGCAAUUAUGCCGGCACAGCUCCGUUUUUGCACAGCCCGCUCUCCGUCUUCCAGUCCAAGUGGCAGAAUGUCCGCUACGCAAAGGGCACCGAUAUCAACACGGGUGAUAAUAGCGGAUUCAACGAGGCUCUUGAUGCCGCUCGCAACUCUGACUACAUCGUCUACCUCGGUGGCAUUGACGGCUCUGUGGAAAAUGAGGGCCGUGACAGAACGUCGAUCAUAUGGCCCGGCAACCAGCUGGAUCUUGUCAAGCAGCUUUCACAGCUUGGCAAGCCUCUGGUCGUGGUUCAGUUUGGCGGUGGCCAGAUUGACGAUACAGACCUGUUACAGAACACCAAGGUCAAUUCUAUCCUCUGGGCUGGCUACCCCGGCCAAGACGGUGGCAACGCUCUGUUUGACAUCUUGACUGGUGCAGCAUCUCCUGCCGGCCGCUUGCCCGUCACACAAUACCCUGCCAGCUACAUCAACAACAACGACAUCCGGGACAUGAACCUGCCUCCCAGCAACGGUAUCCCUGGCCGCACACACACUUGGUAUACCGGCAAGCCUGUUUUGCCAUUUGGACACGGUCUGCACUACACCAACUUUACGGCAAAGUGGUCGUCCACACCGUCCUCCACCAGCUAUGCCAUUUCGGACCUCGUCAACAAGGCCGGCAGCGAUAAGCGCAAGGGCGUUGUCGCGCAGCUCAAAGCGACUAUCCGCAACGCUGGCGGCAAGGCCAACCUCGCAUCUGACUAUGUCGCUCUGCUGUUCCUGUCAUCUGCCAACGCUGGCCCGACACCUCGUCCUGGCCAGCGCCUUGUAUCGUAUGGCAGAGCGCGCGGCAUUGGUGUCAACUCGUCCAAGGACUUGACGCUCACAGUUCUUCUGGGCGAGAUUGCCCGCGCCGACGACGAUGGCGACCGCUGGGUGUACCCUGGCGACUACGAGCUUGCUCUGGACAUUGACGGCAAGGCCAAGUGGAAGUUUACGCUGACAGGCUAUGCCACCAAGAUUAGCACGCUGCCUCGCCAGUAGACGAGGCUCAACUUGGGAUUUACACGGACAGCCCACUCGUUUUCCCCGGCCCCAGAACGAAGAGCGGAGAGCAGCCCGCUGCGAAGUGUGCGACAUCGGCCGUCUGCAUAUUUAGUCGAAUUCUGCGUAAAUAUUUCUGUUCUUUCUAAUUAAAUUUAAGAACAUGACUACUAAAUAUACUAUUUACUUGUAA